GCGAAAGCGUCGCGACGGCAACCACGUUUCAACCCUCUGGGCUUCGUCGGGUUUAGUAGACGUCGUGCGUCUCUGCGCGCUCGUGUCACGUUGCGCUAUUCGUAAAGCGGCGCGUCGCGCCUCCGCUUGUAUUUUCUUAGCCUGGUCUACCACUAUGCAAUAGUCGCACCUUACAAUAGUUGGCUUAUACCUGACGCGUAUUUACGUAAAAAGCAACCUGCACUUUUUCGGCUUUUUUCAUAAUCAAACCGUUCGGAGGUUAUGUGUCUGAUACCUUUUUUAAGGGAUUCGCGCGAACAUCGUGAUCUAUGCGGCGUGAGUUUAUGUUUUCGAAACGCAUGUAAUAAAGGUGCGCGAAUAUCGCUGUAAGUGGAGUUUUCCUUUUUAAAUUGACUGGUACAAGAGUGAGGGGUAGUGAUUUUGAAAACAGUGUAAAGGAAAUGACGAGGACGUGACGCGGCUAACCGGAAAUCGGUACAAGAAGCGAAGCCAUGAGCUCGAACGGAAAUGCCGGAUCUCAAGAUGGCGGGACUGGCACUGAGUAUGGUAGCAGCGACGAGACGGCAGCCCUUAUCAGCAGACCGCCCCCGCCGGUCGUCGUGGCUUCUGCCGGUGGUCAAGGGAAACCGGUUUUAACCAGGCAGGAUCGGGCGACAUUUCUGAUCGCCUCGCCACAGCUGUCUGUGUCUGGUCUCGGUGGCUCGGAGGAAAGUAAUACCAUUGAGGAUCCGGCCACGAGAUCGGUACCGGACAUCGAGCUGCACUGCCGAUUGGACGCCGAUCCGCAACCGUUGGUUCAACCGGUCGCCGCUUCUUAUCGGGCUAGACACGCGUCUCACCAGUACAGAUGUCGCUGCGAUCGCAGAGACUCACUGGCGCCAUCCUCUGCCUUGUAUCUUGGACGAAGUGCAUCCAGGGAAAGCAUCAGGAGCGGCCACCACUGUUGUCCUUGUCAGGCGCCGCCACCGCCGGUCCUGGUCACGACCUCACCUAGUGCAAGAAUUAUCCGCCAGAGCUCGCAACCCGAAGCUUCUGCCUGUUGUUGCUCAGGAUGUUGCUGUUCCUUGCACUCUGGGGCGGCUCCAAGUGCUGCCUCCUUGCGGCAACUUCGGGAACCUGGCGAUGGAAUUGCCGGCAUCGCUGCCGACUCCUUGCGGAUCAACGGCGGAAUACGACAAUUUCGACAGUUUCCCUGGUGGUGCAAAUCGUCGCCGACCACGACGGCAACUACGCCUCCGCCACCGAUGCCAAGUUCUGGUUCCGCUUCCGGUUCCGUCGUGGUUUCCAAUGCGCAGGGGGUCGUGCUCUGCCCGCGUACGCUGUCUCAAGUUCGACGAUCAAGACUACGACGAGCCCUGACGGAAGCCACAGCCGAGACCGUCACCUACGUCAAGACGCUGCGAAAGCCAGUCUCGACGCUGUCGAUCCCUGGGGCGAUGAAGAGUAUCGGCAGUGGCGGCGGGCCGGGCGGGGGGCCCGGGGGUGCCGGGGGUGGUUGCGGUAGCGGAAGUGGUGGCGCCGGUCCUGGCGGAAUGAACGCCGGAGCCGCCGGCGACGAAGCUGGCGUCGCCCUGGUCGGCGUACAUUCCGAAUAUCCACGAUACAUGGAGGAGCAGGGCCUUGGCGGUGGGCCUUUGAAAGGCCCAUCGGGCAGCAUCGGGCCCGCCUCCAAGCACAAACCCAACGUCGGCUAUCGUCUCGGGCGCAGGAAGGCCCUUUUCGAGAAGCGUAAGCGCAUCAGUGAUUACGCACUCGUGAUGGGCAUGUUCGGGAUCAUCGUGAUGGUCAUCGAGAACGAAUUGUCCAGUGCCGGCAUCUACACUAAGGCCUCGUUUUACUCGACUGCACUGAAAACCCUGAUAUCUGUAUCUACUGUGAUACUUCUUGGCCUCAUAUUUGCUUAUCAUGCUUUAGAAGUUCAGUUAUUCAUGAUCGAUAACUGCGCGGAUGACUGGCGGAUCGCAAUGACCUGGCAACGAAUAUCCCAGAUCUCGAUCGAGCUGAUAAUCUGCGCGAUCCAUCCAAUCCCCGGAGAGUAUUACUUCCUGUGGACGACGAAGCUGUCCAACAAGGGUGGCGACAUCGGUACCAAAUGGGUACCCUAUGACGUCACGUUAUCCCUUCCGAUGUUUCUCAGACUCUAUCUGAUCUGCCGUGUGAUGCUGCUGCACUCGAAGCUCUUCACCGACGCAUCCUCCCGGAGCAUAGGUGCCCUCAAUCGGAUCAAUUUCAACACCAGGUUCGUCCUGAAGACCCUGAUGACCAUAUGUCCUGGUACCGUCCUCCUGGUCUUCAUGGUGUCACUUUGGAUCAUCGCCUCGUGGACGCUGCGACAGUGCGAGAGGUUCCACGACCCCGAACACGAGAACCUCCUGAACUCCAUGUGGCUGAUAGCGAUCACCUUUCUCUGCGUCGGAUAUGGCGACAUCGUGCCGAAUACGUAUUGCGGACGUGGGAUCACUCUGGCAUGUGGGAUGACGGGCGCAGGCUGUACUGCGUUACUCGUCGCUGUUGUUUCCAGAAAAUUGGAGUUGACAAGGGCCGAGAAACACGUGCACAACUUCAUGAUGGACACGCAGUUAACAAAAAGGUUGAAAAAUGCAGCAGCCAACGUGUUGCGCGAAACGUGGUUGAUUUACAAGCACACUCGUAUCGCCAAGCGGGUAAAUCCAGGCCGUGUCCGUACACAUCAACGAAAAUUUCUAUUGGCGAUUUACGCGCUUAGAAAAGUCAAAAUGGAUCAACGAAAAUUAAUGGACAAUGCAAAUACCAUAACCGACAUGGCCAAGACGCAGAACACGGUCUACGAGAUUGUGUCGGACAUGAGCACGCGUCAGGACGCCUUGGAGAAGCGUCUGGCUAGUUUGGAGAACAUAUUGACGUCGCUGCAAGAACAGUUGGAGGAACUUCCGGUGGCGUUGACAAAGAGUUUGGCCCAGCACACGGAGCGUCUUGAGAAACGUCGAAACUUCCUGCACCCUGAUACGGCAGUGGCGAUGUCAAGUUUCGGGGGUGGUCUCAGCAUCGGGAUGGCCGGAAGUAGUUUCUCAGCUCAUCAGUCCCAGGCCAGUCCGACGAAUUCGCCGCUUCUGCCACAUUCGAGAAGCGUCCCCAGCGCACCGACCACCACGUCCUUGUAUCCAUGGGCUGCCAGUCCACUGCCACCUGUAGCCAGCCGUACGCCUCAUCUGGUACCAGACACUGGUAGCGGAAGACAACUUCACAGCGUUCCAAACUCCUCCGCACCUACCACUUCGCAAUCCGUCACCAAAUUAACAUCACAGACCGGAAUGGGCGGACUCGGAAAUAGCCAGAGUUCCGACACCUCGGCGCACAGCUGAGUCUCGUCCUUGCAGCCGCAGCAUUCAUACUAACCAACAGACGGGCAUUCUUAUCCGACGCGUACAAGUGCACCCUGUUGUUCCUUACUCAUUUUCUAUUUGAGUAAUAAAAUUUACCAUUUUCUAAACGCCUACUCGGAUUCAGAGUUAGGUCGUAAAUUGGUAGUUUGGCUACUACUGACUUAGCGGAAUCGUAGAAAUUUGUAUGGAUAAGAAAUUUUUGUGAUUCAUCAUUUUGUUUUUUUUAGGUUAGAAAAAUAUUUAAUAAGCAUCACUUGAGUGGUAGUCGCUGUGAAAUUUACACUGUUGAGCCGAAUUGUAUUUGUAAUGUUAAUCGUUAACCGAUAACACGUACGGCUGGUUUGUGAUGCGAUUAGAGGAAAUGGUGAUCGUGAAAGUAAGGGAAAAGAAUGAGUAUGGAAACAAUACGAGUGCAUACGAAACGCGCGGAUUCUUCCACUUUGCUGCGGACUGCUCAUUUGCCCGCAAAAAAAAAAGCGUGCCUGAAACUUUUACUUAAUAUUAAUGUAUUCGACUCGACUCAACCUAACCUUACCUUAUCCACUCUCUCUCUCUCUCUUUCUGUAUUUCCUAACAAUCACGAACGGCGAUACUCGCGUACUUUUGCGACGGUCGCGACGCGCAUGCGUCGUCGACAAAGAACAAGUACAGUUGCACCAAAAAACACACGUAGGCAGGGACAAAAGCAAGAAGAAUAAAUAAUUACAAGAUUUUCUGCUUUGAAACGCUACGAGAUCAGCGCCGAAAAAAACGCAUUACACCCGUAAGUCGUCGGCCGAUUGAAUUCAUCUGCCGAGCAUGCGCAGUAGAGAUUCAAACGUAGCUCGGGCAAUUUUGACAUUUUCAAAAACGCAUCUCAUUUCUUCGUCCAUUUCACUUUGCGUUCUUUUUUUUUUUUUUUUUGAGAGAGAAUUUGCGCACGCGCGAUUCGCUUCUGUUUCGGACGGCGCGGUCAUCGCUCGAUGUGGUAAUGACUUAGGAUUCUCAAGACGAGCCUGAUGCAUUGACGAAAGACAUGAAAAAGAUAGUAAAAAACGAAUUCCAAAAGAAAAAGACAGGAAAAUAAAAUUGUACUUUUUUUUCCCGUGCAAGAUUUGCGCUAUUGCAAAAAUAUAUGAUCUUAUUAUUCGUUUACUGAACGUUCCUAGAUAGUAAGAUGCAGUCGCGUUCAACACGCAUUCAUGUUUGAUGUUUAUGCGCGUCCAGGAUAUCAUGUCUCUGUGUAUAUAUGUCUAUGUAUGUAUGCCAUGAUAGGGCAGUGUUUUCAUUGUAGCGACAAAUAUAAUAGACAAAGAUUAAGUAUAUAUAUAUAUAUAUAUAUAUACAAUUGUCCACGAUUGCUGUAGCCAACAUAGCCAUUUAAAAAAAAAAUGUCAUGUCUCAACAGACUAACAUAUUUGUGUUACAAGCCCGUAUAACACAUAGUGUUAGGAAUUUCUCUAAAACAUACUCGACGUGUAAAUGUAAUGUUAUCUAUAGGACUGUUGUCGCGCAAUGAAAACGCGACCCUCGCCUAUAAAUUCGAAUAUCGGCCGAAACCGUGUGUGCAAUGGGCUUUGAAGAAAGAAAAAAAAAAAAUCUUAACCCAGUUUAUCUAGUCGGUCGUCCAUUUUUUUGUUUUCUCUUUUACUUUCAAAAGCAUAGUUUCGCGAGAAGCAUUUGCCUCCUCUCGAAACGGGACCAAAAAAGACACAAUCGUGACAAACAAAAAUUGUUACCGUAGUGUUCCUUAUGUUACUUCUGGAGUUAUAAGUUAUAAAUCUCAGUACUGCACCUGCUGCAACUGCAACCUAUGUUACACCAUUUUCCUUAGUAUUUUUUUUUUUUUCUAAUUCCAUAUAAAAUUUUUCUCAUAUCUCAUCACUCUUCGUACAGUUUGCGUUUCAUGCUAGUUUUUCUUCCCUUUGAACUUUUCGUAACCCUUGAACCGUCAUUGCAUUUUUCUAUCACUUUGUUACUAUCAUUUACGUUUACACAUAACUGCAACAGUCAUGCCAACAGAAUGUCUCAUGAGCGUGAUUGUCGCUACUCUCGAGUCUCCAUAUACGGUGUACCCGGUUACACCGGACACGACAACAACACAGUAUUUUUAUAUGGAAUUUCUUGAAAGUGCAUUAUAGUGCCGGAAGUGAUCGCGUGAAAUUUGUAACAGUCGCAUUUUUACGUUUAGCAGGUAAAACGGAAAAAAAAAUAGAAAAAAAAAAAUUGAAUCGAAUCCAAGAGUGUCGACGUGCGAAUUUCACGAGCGAUUCUCAAGUUAAGAAUCCUGCGACAGCGUUUUCCACCAAUGAGGGAUGCCUCAGGGUGACGAGCUAAUAAAAAAAAAAAAAAAAAAAAAAAAAACAAAAGAAAAAAA